AUGGCAACUUUCGUACAAACUUCGACGACAUCAUCUUCAAUAACCUCAACAAUAACCUCAACACUCUUACUACCUACGUUUAUCCUUUUACUCUACUACUUUAUCCGUCGCUACGAAAUCUUGGAACUAAAACGUCUCGCAGAUCUUGAUCAACGGAUCGAACAGGCGAGACGUGAAGAACAAGAGAUUUAUAGCCGAGUCCAACUGUUUCGAGCCAGGAUGAAUUGGAUGAUCGAGUAUCAAGCGGAAUUCGCGACGCUUGAUUGGCGUGAUUACGUCAAAAGUUGGAAGGUUGAUGUGUUGGCUCCAGUUGCAUAG